AUGGGCUGGAGCAUCGCCCUUGUAUCUCGGUCAGAAACUGCCCAGACAAGUGCUGAGGCCAAAGUAAUCUACCGCACUGCUAAUGCCAGUAAUGUUGAUAGUCUCACCUUAGCCCUAGACUGGUCUCAUGUCUCUGACCUCCGCCCGCAGAUGCUGGAAGCUGAUUUGCAACUUUCUGCACCGCUCUUCCUGGUCACCGGCAGUAUUCUUAAUAAGGAGCCGCAGAUCAUCUUCUCCUCGCCAUGCGCGGCUAAGGCGGCCUCAUCUUGUAUUGCUGAUCUGGACACGGGCGGCUAUACCAAGGGCUACUAUUCCAAUACCAUCGUGGAGACAGUAUUUAAGCCCUUUUUCGAAGAUCGCGAGAAGCUGCAGGAUGGAUUAGACAACUGGACAGUUGAGUGA